AUGAGCGGACCUGACAUCGCUGGGCUCGCGAUAGCCGUUGCGCGCCUAUGCAACGGACUGGCGUUGGGACUUUACAAAAUCAUACGGAAGGCCAAGAAUCUCCUCGACGAUGCCUGCAAAAUACAGCACUCCCUUGUCCUCCUCACAAAGUCGCUAGACAAAGUUGGGGCACUCUUUGCGGUUUCGAGCAGAGCCGGCCCGCUGGACGCCCGAGAGGAAUCCUUCCGAGACUCGAUCUAUCAGAUCCUACACUCCAUCAACCAGGACUUGGUAGCUUUGAAAGACAAACUUGGGCUUGAGAAGCUAUUGAAUCGAAAGCAGAAUCUUUUGAAAGAUAUAAAAACUACGUUUAAAAGAUCGCUUGAGGAUGAGGAAAUAAAGGAGAUACAGGGCAGGGUUGAAAACUCCCACAGACUCCUCCAGACGCAUUUCGAGAUGUUGUUACUGCUGUCGAGCUGGAAGACAACCGACAGGGUUAACGACUUGGUUACUAUCGUUGAAAACGUCUUCACACGAUUGCUCGAAGAUGGCAGCAACAUGCCAAUGCCGGCAAUAUCCGGUCCGGCUCCGGUUACACCCAGCCGAGUAGAAACCGGUGGCAGUUCUGCCAAUGCCAAUAGCACUGUGACUCGAAAUGCACGUAGAAUUAGGUACCUCAGUGCCGUUGAGCAGUGGCGGGAUUGUUCCAAGAGUGUAUUAGUCGACUUGGUCGCCAGUGGCAGCUCGACGAAGGAGAGCAUUGCCCCAUCUAUUCUCGACGGCGGCUUCGAUUCCGAAUCUCCAAUUUCCGAUAGUGAAGCCAGUGAGGAGGAUACUGCCUCAGACACCAGCGAGCCGGCAACGCGCGAGGCGACAGGAUCUGUGCCAUUCUCCCUGGGAGACGGGACAGAAGAAAGCUUUCCGAAAGAAAAUACCGAUCCGCCGGCCCCGGAGAAAGAACAGUACGAGAGAGAAUUAGAAAUCGAAGUCAACUACUGCCUAAAAGAGGUAGAUAAAAUGAUCAAACAGGAAAAGUACGCCGAGGCUGCGAAUCACCAACAAGAUGUCAUCAACACUCGGAUCAAGCUCAGCGUUUAUCAGGAGUUCCCGUUCAGUGAAGAGUGUGAAAUGAAGGAGACGCUUGUUAAGCUCCACAUGAGAGCGGAAAACCUUGUGGAGCUCAAUAAGGCAUAUCCCAUUAUUCAGGAGCUUGUCAGUAGGGCCGACCAGAAAGACGACAACGACCAUGGUCUCAGAAGUCGGCUUUAUCAGACUCGGAGCGAGAUCGAAUUUCGUCAGGGCAGAUUUAAUGAAGCACAGAGCUCGGCUCGGUAUGCUGCAUGUAUCCUCAUCAACGCACCCGGAAAGAGAAGCCCUGAAGAGAAGGAGUGGAUAAAAGAAGCAGCCAGAUCCAGCUACAGGGCAGCCAUGCGGAUUCCGAAUGCCAAAUUGGCCACUGUCACCUUUGAGUAUAUAAAAGAGGAGCUGGGUGAUCCGGAGUUCCGCAUUCCUGAGGAUCAUAACUACAGGAAAACUCUUGAAUGGUGCAGGAAGCGGCACUUCAAAGUUGAGAUGGAGGGGUUCGCCUUUGAUGUUUGCGACGUUGAGCCUUCUAGACAGAUUCGCGGAUACUCUCCAAUACACUACGCCAUCAAGGAGAGGCGAAUAGAUAUGCUCAGAAGCAUGCUGUCUUAUCCCUGUAACCUCGAUGUCCAAAUGGCUGAUGGAACGACUCCGCUUCUCCUCGCGUGUUCCAAGGAUAAUUUCGACGCCGUCAAGCUCCUCCUCGACAAAGGCGCAAACGGAAACGCCAAAGACAAUCUCGGUAUGAACGGUCUUCAUCGUUGCCAAGACGCGUUCAAAGAGGGAUCGAAAAUCGCAAGGCUUCUCCUCGGCGACUGGUCUCGAUCGGGCCAGAUUAAGGAGUGGACUCAGUAUAAUAAGACGGCCGUACACCUCGCAGCGGAGAAGGGAAAUCUGAAAGUGUUGCAACUCCUCUUAUCCCGAGGCGCUGACCCCAAUGCUCAAUACCGUGAAAGUCCAACGCCACUUACCGCGGCUGUCCGUUCCAAUGCCAACAACAAGAGGAACGUCGUGGAACUUUUGUUGAGUAAGGGUGCCGAUCUAGAUAAAAAGGAUGGGACUGGAUGUACUGCUGAAAAGAUCGCGCAGGAAAAGGAGAUCAAAAGACUCCUAAAAGCAGCUAGGGACAGAAAAGCGACGCCACCGUCCCGGCGGAGUAGCGCAGCGACAACAGUAGUAUCGGACUCGACGAAGCUAUCGCAGGAAGACGCUGACGGUAAUUUCGACUGGUUCCUCGACCUCGGUGACAUAACGGGAGGCUUGGGCAGUCGCCCGAGCAAGAACAACCACAAGGGUGUCACGCACCGCCGAAAGGGUUAA